GUUACGACCGGAAGUUUAAGGUUUGACGCUUCAUGAAUUGACGCUGGCCUCCUGGCUUCUGCCUUUGAGCGGCUGCCCAGUUAGGACACUUUUCAAAGUUUUAUGGGAAGUGGCACUUGUUUGGAUUUUUUCUGCCAGUGUUAAGCGUUUUGUUGUAACAUUUUGUUAGCCGUGAGGGUGAGCUGCGUGCUGUGGAGCCCGGGAGCCGCAAACUAAUCCUGCAGCUGUCUGCCCCCAUACGGCGCAAGUGGCUCUCCAAUAUCAGACACAAGAACCAAGCAUACUAGCCUGCCACCUGCACCAGUCGAUCUCCCCUCGCCCCUCGCCCCUCACCCUGUCGCCCUGUAGCCCACCCGUCCACCCAGCUCCCAGCAGUCCCAGCAUCCCGUUUGCACCAUGAGCAUUCAGCCCCGGAGGAUCCGUCUGAAGCCCUGGCUGCUGGCCCAGGUGAACAGCGGCCGCUACCCAGGUCUGCAGUGGCUCAGCCCAGACCACCGGCUCUUCCAGAUCCCCUGGAGACACGCCACGCGCCAUCUGCCCAUGUCCGAGGAGGAGAACACCAUCUUUAAGGCCUGGGCUCUGGAAACGGGGAAAUACCAGGAGGGUGUGGAUGAGCCUGACCCAGCUAAGUGGAAAGCCAAUCUGCGCUGUGCCCUCAACAAGAGCCGCGAGUUCAAACUCAAGUAUGAUGGCACCAAGGAGACUCCGGUUCAGCCGUACAAAAUCUACGAGGUGUGCGACCAGCCAGGGAACGGAGACGCUGCUGAUGAGGAUGAUGAAGAGAUGCCGAAUCUGGUGGAUCUCUCAAUAAACCCCCGGAUCAGUGAUCCGCCCUCGUUCUCCAACUUCCCCACACACACAGAUGUGACCCACUUCAGCGCACCUGUCAAUGGCACAUUUGGCGCAGCCCAUGUCAUCCCUAUGCCUCUUCUACAGGACGGUAUGCACACCGAACCCAGCGGUGGUCUUCCCAUGACCUCUGACCUUCCUCAGCCGGACUUCCCGGCCCAGGUCCAGCUGGCGGGCAGUGUGGACCAGGGCGGCUUCAUGCAUCAUCGAGGGCUCCCUAAUGGGCUGGGCAUAGCUCCUCCUGGUCUCCCAGAGCUGCCCUCCAUGCCUCCCGCCGCUGCCUCUGCAACCCCUGGGCCGACCCCAAUGGAUGCCAGCUCCAUGCCAGGGGUCCAGACCCAGGGAGAGGCACAGGUCCAGCCUUGCAACCUGCUGAACAGCCUGCCAUUGACGGAUCUUGACCUGAAAUUCCAGUACCGUGGUCGUACAACAGGCUCUCUGACCGUUAGUAACCCCCAGGGCUGCCGGCUGUACUUUGGCCACCUGGAGCCCACCCCGGAGCAGGUGGACCUCUUUGGGCCUGUCACCCUCCAACAGGUCCUGUUCCCCAGCACGGCAGAAAUCCAGAACCAGAAGCAGAAGUUCUACACCGACGCCCUGCUGGAUGUGAUGGACCGAGGCCUGAUCCUGGAGAUUUGGGAGCAGGACAUCUAUGCGAUCCGACUGUGCCAGUGUAAGGUGUUCUGGUCCGGACCGGGGAUGCCCGAACAGGGCCCACCCAAUCCUAUGGAGCGAGAGAAGAAGAUCAAAGUGUUCAGCCUCAACAACUUUUUACAAGGGCUGAUCUUGUUCCAGAAGGGUGAAACCCAAAACCCUCCACCCUUUGAGAUAUAUUUUUGCUUUGGGGAAGACUGGCCAGACAAGAAACCUAAGGAGAAGAAACUUAUCAUUGUCCAGGUUGUGCCUGUAGUGGCACGGAUCUUGACAGAGAUGUUCUCUGGAGAACUCAGCUGGUCCACAGACAGCAUCCGCCUGCAGAUCUCCAACCCUGACGUGAAGGACCAGACAGUGGAGCAGUUUAAGGAACUGCAGAGGCUUCUCCAGAGCCAGCAUAUUCAGGGGCCCUGGGCUCCAAAUGUACCCUGAACCAGAGGGUCAAAGACUGGUGAUGACUGGUUUUCCACAGGUCCUGCAUCAUGACUCCACACAAGGACUCAGGGAGACUCCUCAGAGCCUGAGGCUCGCCUCACCACAAAGAAUUCUUCCAGUGGGGUCCCUAGACCCUUCAUUUAUGUGUGUUGUCAACAUUGAGCCUAUUUUCUGUUUCCACGCUAUGGGCAACAAGGGAGGCUGCCUGGUGCAGGUCCAGUUGCAUCUAUAUAGCUGUCUGCAGCUGCAGUUUUUGACAGGAAAAUCAAGUAUCUUGGCACAUUGUUUUGAUGAGAUAACAUAGCUAGCAACCAGUAAUUGAGUAGCACUGAUCAAAAAUAAGCAGAAAAGGGUAUAAUGGAUGCAACCAUUAUACAAAAGCAGUGUUUCUGAGACAUGUAUUCUUGUAGCCUUUAAAUGAAAUUUGUUAACUGGGAAACUUUGAGUUCCUGUAAAUAAUACAUUUCUUCAUUUGGCACUUUGUAAGCAGAAAUCUGUUAAUGGCAAAUGACCCUGAAACAUACAGCUGUGGCCACCUUGCUGACAACGUCGACCUGCAACACAUCAGCCAAGUUUCCCUGGCCACUCACCUCUAUAGGAAAUGGAAGACUUGUUGAUCAUUUUUUUCAGUGAAUGUAGGGUAACUCCUCUGAAUCGGGAGCUAACACUUCAGUUAAAUGCUGUGCUGUAUGGAGGUGUUGGAUGACCUACACACUGUAUUUUAAUUUCUCUUUGGUAAUUUCAAUAGCAAAUAAGGCUCCCAUUUGAUUUUUUUUUUUUUAAGGAUUUCAAUAAAUACCACUGCAGUAUUCUUUUGUA